AUAUGAUGAAACGUACAUGGAUUAGCUCCCAUCCGUCCAACAAAACAGAGCCUGACUAAGAAAAGAUAGAGCUCAUGCUCUCGGACCACUGGUCCCCAAGUGAGAUACAAUCUCCCUCUCUUGCCUCCACCAAAUGGCUUUAUGUGCCCACAAACUGCAAUAGUGUCCAUUAGAGCCUAGCAAACAUAGAAGACAAACAAGCAAAAACAAAGAGCAAAGCAACCACCACCAGCUUCAGUACUCCCACUCUCUCCAUCUCUCUUUCUUAUAUAUAUUGAUACACACACACAGACAUAGACACAAGUAUAUAACAUAAGCUCUGGCCUGCUAUGGCCAUCAACUCUUCUACACCCAAAUUCAAUAUUGAAGCACACAAGACACAGAAAAAGGAUAAUGACAAGAACAUGAGCAUGAAGAAGAACAAGAACAAGAAGGUGAUGAAGAAGAAGGUGAUAUCACCUCCAUCUCCACCAAGACCACAUUUGAGAGAUCAUCAAGUGAUCUCUUCAUGGGAACAGUUGAAGAGCAUCUUGUCAUGCAAAGCUAUUGUCAUGGCUUCCCAAGUUCAUGACCCUUCAAAGGAGAAGCCCACUGUUAGUAAUAGUAACUACGCUAAGCUAAGGUCCUCAUGUGGCCCGUCCAUUUGUGCUUUUCGUGAUGUUGUCCACGGGAACACACGCGUCGGCCACCGCUCCGACACCGACCGCCACUCUGGCUCGUCCUCUCCAGGCGCGAGUCGCCGCCACGAGACUGCCCCACUCACCCGGUCUUCUGGUGGCUCCUGCUCCUCCUCCUCCAAAGCUGGUGGCAUGCCACUCAGAAGGCUUUCCGGUUGUUACGAAUGCCAUGCCAUCUCCAUUGACUCUGCUUCCAGGAGAUAUCCUAGACCAAGAACAACUCUCUCCGCAUGCUCCGAGUGCGGGGAGGUAUUCACCAAGUCUGAAAGCCUGGAGCUUCAUCAGAUCAUCCGCCAUGCUGUGUCGGAGCUUGGGCCGGAGGACUCCGGUCGUCAAAUAGUGGAGAUCAUCUUCAAAUCAAGCUGGCACCGGCGCGCCCUUCCGGCGUGUAAGAUCGAACGCAUACUCAAGGUUCGAAAUAGCCCGCGUACCGUCGCGCGAUUUGAGGAGUACAGAGCGGCCGUCAAAUCCCGAGCUUUAAACCCCAAGAAGCAUCCCCGUUGCGCCGCUGACGGCAACGAACUCCUCCGCUUCCAUCCAGCGAUUCUCUCUUGCGCACUCGGCUCCGGCUCCUCCCUUUGCUCCUCCCCAGCGUGCGGCGUCUGCGGGAUCAUACGGCACGGGUUCGCGCGGGAAGCUUGCGGGGUGAGGACGACGGCGAGCAGCGGCCGCGCGCACGAGCUGGGGCACGCUGUGGGUGGAGUGGGAUCGAAAGCGAUGAUGGUGUGCCGCGUUAUCGCUGGGCGAGUGCGACGUGCUGGGGACGAGGAGGACGCCGGUGCCGGCGGAAGCGGCUAUGAUUCGUUAGCUGGUGCCGACGCGAAUCUCGAGGAUUUGUCUGUCGGGAAUCCAAGGGCCAUUUUGCCAUGUUUCGUGGUUAUAUAUCGGCUAGUGGAGUAGUUACUACUCCCUUGGAAUAUGUUUUAUGAUUACGUGUAGUUUUAUUAGACAAAAACGCUUUUAGAAAAA